AUGGACGACAACGACUUUAACGCGAUCUCACGUUUUCUGGUGGAGAGGCAAAGAAUCCGCCGGGGAAACUCGUCUCUGUCAAACUGGGUUGUUGACCUCUUCCGGAAGAAUCCGAGGUAUAUAUGUGACCCUUCCAACCCUCAAUUCGCCAUGGUUCAUUCCGGAACCGAUGAUUCUAGCAGAGUCCAUGGAUGUGCAUCUGAAAAUUCUAGGAUCAAGAGGAUUCUCAAGUUCUGCGAACAGCGAAAGCCUAGAGAGUACAGGCGAGUGUGGGUGAUGGAAGAAUACACACUUCCAAAAGAUUGGGGAAAGGAGGAAUGUUAUGUUUUCACCAAGGUCACAUGCAUGUUUCAAGCAGAGCUGAACAUAUUGCUCGAUAAGCACUUCUCACGCCUAUGUGUUUCAAGAGGUACUAAGUCAUGGAAGAGUACUAUCCCUAAAGAACAGCUCAGCUUGCCCGUUUAUGGAGUCGCUUUGGCUUCUGUAGAGAGGCAAGAUCUUUAUUAUGCAGAUACUAUCAUGAAAUCUUGGGGACCGAAAUGGCCAACCUACGCCACCAACGACGUCUACUCAAAGUUCCCUUCAGAUCUUGUCGACUUUAAAGAUCCCAAGUCCUCUACAAACGGAUAUUGUUUCUAUGUCAACAAGUUUGAUGCUGGUGGUGAGACAUGUGAGUGGCUGAUGACCCCGCAAGAUGAAGAUAGGAUGAUCUAUUCUAAGGUAACCGGGAAGAUCGUGGGAAAGGUGAGGACUUUUACUUGUUUGGAAUCAGUUAGUAGAGAAGAAGAAAUGGUUAGUUGGGUGAUGGAGGAGUAUUCAGUAUUGAUGAAUAUGAAGAAGGGGAAAGUAAUCUGUGUAAUCAAGCAAGGACGUUAUAACAGAUAG